AUGGACAGCCUUAAUGUCAAAGAAUUAGACUCCUAUGAGAAGCAAGCGCCACAAAGCUCUGGUCGGAAGAAAUUACUGUCUUCCACGAUAAUUCCUCCACUAGCAAUCACAGUGUCAGAGGGACAGAGGAGACUCUUACGGUCUUACCACAAACACUUAGAAGAUCUGGGCCUUGAGUUGCUCUUUCCAGAUGCCAGUGAUGCUUUGAUCCUUGUGGGGAAAGUGCCGCUCUGCUUUGUAGAAAGAGAAGCCAAUGAACUUCGAAGAGGAAGAUCUACUGUGACGAAGAGCAUUGUGGAGGAAUUUAUUCGAGAACAAGUGGAGCUGCUCCAGACCACAGGAGGCAUCCAAGGGACAUUGCCGUUGACUGUCCAGAAGGUAUUGGCCUCCCAGGCUUGUCACGGGGCCAUUAAGUUUAAUGAUUGCCUGAGCCUCGAGGAGAGCUAUCGCCUUAUCGAAGCUCUGUCUUUGUGCCAGCUGCCAUUCCAGUGUGCUCAUGGGAGACCUUCAAUGCUGCCCUUAGCUGACCUGGACCACUUGGAGCAGGAAAAACAGGUUAAACCCAAUCUUGCUAAACUCCGAAAAAUGGCCCGUGCCUGGCAUCUCUUUGGAAAAGCAGAAGGCUGUGAUAAAAGCAGAACCUGCAGCAGUCCAUGCCCCCUUGUGAACCACCAUGAGAAGAAAACUGCAGAUCUGUAAGGAGCCAAGAGGACUGGUGUGCCUCCGACAGACAGCAUGAGCAACUUGGGGUGGUACGGCUGUGAGCAGGCGGGUCAGCCGGCCGGCCGUAAGUGGGUCAGUCUCCUGGAUCAGAUGGUCCUUCUAGUUGAGCAGGCAGAUGCACUCAAGCCUAAGGACAGUUCAUUCCUUUGCACCCGUGGACACAGGAGUUUGCCAUGUAAGGCUUAUCAUUUGUAAACUGAUUGGGUGAUAAAAUGUAUGAUUUUUGUAAUUGGUAGGUUGGUUAGUUUGAGGGUGUGGCUGCUGUUUUGAGCAGUAUUUCCCCAGCCUCUCAAUUUACUUUAUGUGAGAAGAUGCGAAACCAGAGGGGCUGCUCUGCUGUCCUCAAGGUCCCCGGGCCCAGCCUCCUCCUCUCCCAUUCAGUCCUGUUUUACAUUUGUCUUCUUCGCUUCACUCCUGCUUCUUUACAUUUUAUGUUACAGAUUGAUGGUGUUUCUUUGCUCUCUAUAAAAAUGUUGUCUGAUGUCUUCCAGCAAGACUUCAGUUAUUUGGGGGAUUAAAAAUUAUUUAUAGCUGGGUGUGGUGACUUACACCUGAAUCCCAGUACAUGUGAGGCUGAGGCAAGAUGGGUGGCAGGUCACCGCUAGCCUAGGCUGUAGUGACCCUGUCUCAAAAUAAAUAAGAAACUAUUGGCAAAGAGAAGCAUAGAGUUAGAAUAGAGAAAGCUUGAUUUUUUUUUUUUUUUUUAAUUCUCUGUGUAGCCCUGGCUGUCCUGGAACUUGCUCUGUAGAGCAGGCUGGCCUCAACCCUGAGAUCCACCUGCCUCUGCUUCCCAAGGGCUGGGAUUAAAGGCAUGUGCUACUACUUCCUCACAAGAAAAUUUGCCAUCUUACCCUGGUUUUUUGAUUGUCUUACUGCUUUUUAAAACCAGAAGUGAAUGUUCAUAUCCUGAAUAACUAAAACAUUAAAAAAUA